AUGAAGGGCCUCGACUCUACUCGGAGCGAGCACAGGCCGCUAGCAGCCCUCAUCUCCGAUAUCUCGGAGCACAAGGAGCAGGAGCAGGCGGGCCAGCCCAGCCCCACCAACAAGAGAUCUCCGCGGUUGGGCGAGCAAGCGCGAUCCGUGGAUCUGCAAGCAGGAAGUGCUGCCUGGGGGAUGCAGCGAGAGUGCAAGAAAAGAGCGCCCGGCAGACCAGGGGCAAAGAGUUUGCGAGACGGGCACAAGCCUUUCCAACCCAGCGGUGCGCCUGUGCAGGAGUUGGCAUUUCUGCAGGCGCGUACUGCCAACGGAAUCGUAGCAUGUUCUGUCUUCUUGGGCUCUGGUCUGAUCGCAGUUGCCAAGAUGGACCUUCUCAAAGCUGCGCUGGUUGCUGAGAAAUCCUCUGUGAGGGAGAAAUGGCUCUUGCUUGGAAAGCCGAUCGCAGUCCGCUUGCUGAGUCUGACGAUCCUUCUUCGUUCCGGGAAUCGUGGUGCAGCGAUGGAGAAAGCUGCUGCAAAGGGCGCAGGAGAUGGCACGAAGGAUCGGAGCUCUCCAGUCCGUCUCAUGAGGCAGGCGAAAGCGAAGGCAGCACCCACCCAGGCUGAGGAGGAAACGACUCUGCCGCAGGCGGUUGCAGAAGCGUCUCCGUCAGCAGUACCUGGCCAAGUGCCGGACAAGCUUCCGGCUUCAAGAGGGUCGAGUCGAAAAUCCAGCCGCAAGCCGACGCCUGUGUCGUCUCCUACGGGGCAGAAGCGAGCUGUGGCAUCGGCUGAACCAGAAGUCACCGACACUGCGUCGCCGAAGAAGUCAGAGCCCAAGCGGACCAAUCUGUCUCCCGAGCACGUCGGCAAGAUCAAGAGGCCAACGGAUGAUCAGCAGCAGCGAUACCAGCAGCACCUGGCAUACCUCAAGGGCAUGGAUAGCAACGCCUACCGAAUGGCUGUGGAAGGGGAGUCAGGUGCCAUCGAGGCAGAGCUUGCUUCCAUGCUCCAGGGUUUGAAGGAGGAUCUGCGGGAGAAAGUGCCGCUCUUGCCUGAGGUGGAGGCGAUGGAGCAAACAGCGACGACUUCAGCAGAAAGUCAAGUCGAGGACUCGCCAAGUGAGACCUCAGGUGCUGGAUACCGGCCAAGCGGCCUUCCUACUCCAAACACUGUGGAGAGUCUUUCUCACGCCAUGGACGAGGAGAUUUGGAACAAGCUCAGGAAGCAGCUGCGCAGCCUGCAAGACAAUAUCGAUGAGAUCACCGCGAAGUUUACACCGCCGAAGACAAGCACGCUUUCGGCCAGCGAAGGAACCUGUGCGUACCCUUCGAAGACUCCGCAGAGUGCCCGAUCCCAUCGCGAAAUGGACAUGCGCUUCUUUGCGCCUUCUCCACAUCAGAUGUCCCCCCACAUCCACUCCGGGCGCUUCCAGCGCGUCUCCCACAGCCAGCUGCCACAAACUCCCCAGUCUGUAGGCUCAGAUCGCCUCCCACAAGCAUGGCAUUUGCAAAGCCACUUGCCUGACCACAUUAUUCACAGCAGUGCAACUUCCGAAAGCUCUACAUCCGUCCGCCAGGCGGGCAGCUGUCGCCGGGCAUCCCGCACCAGCAGUGCAUCGGAUUUUCGGCCCGCGGUUCUGCCCGGAUUCGAGGCUGACCUCCUCUGCUCUCCCUCCCGAGCUGCCCUGUGCCCGGCGAUACCCGGGUGCCAGACUCGCAGUACCUCGAGCCUCAACUCAGUGGCUCCACCCCAGCUCACGCCGGGAAGUGCCAAGCUCACUCUGCGGGCAGUGCCCCUGGAGAUCGCCGGUGCGCCGGCUGCUGCGUUUCCAAGCGGAGACUUUCGAGCGCAGUCACCGGGCAGACCCUUCGUGGUGAUGCGGCCUAUGACUCCACAACAGGUCACAACUCCUCGGCUCUUCGCUCAAAGGCGAGUGUUUCAAACUGCAGCGGGACCAGUCGGUGGCCGUCCUGACUCAUAA